UGUACUUGUUCGUCCCCAUGAUAUUGAAUAUUGGAUUGAGGAGCAUGUUUUGAGUGUUGCGGAUUAGUUUUUUUCUCGUGUCAUAAAGGAAAAGUAUGGAAACUAUGGAAAGUGUUGCUCAUUCGGUCAAUAAUGGGAUAUAUUUUAGAGAGUCAUCACCUCAUGUUUACAAAUUCAUCACUGAAUGCCCAGAAAAUUUGUCAAAUAGUGGAGAUAACAGUUAUAAUUUUACUAGUGACAGUGAAUUAGACUCACAAUUAGGAAAUAAUAGCGUUCAAUUGAUCAAUAUUUCUGAAGUUAAUGACGACACAUCGUUUUCUGAUAUUCAUCCACCCGGUAGUAAGCGCAGAUUAUGCGCCAACGUUAAUGGUAUCACUGAUAUGAUUGCCCAACAGCCUUGUUUCACAGACGAACGUAAUUCUUGUGAAAAACUUACCAAAGGAAAACAGAAGAUACCUAUUGAAUUUAUUUCUGAUCGUACUAAGAGAUAUUCUACUUUUUCAAAACGUAAAACUGGACUUAUGAAAAAGGCUGUGGAAUUGGCAGAAUUAACCGGUGCAGAAGUAUUAUUACUUGUUGCUUCAGAAACAAAUCAUGUUUAUACGUUUGCAACACAAAGAUUGAAAGGUAUUAUUGAAUUGGAAUGUGGUAAAAAGUUAAUACAGACUUGUCUAAGUUCAUCUGUGAAUCCAAACAAUUCAUCGAUGAAAAAUGAUCAGCCAGAUUUAAACAGUUCGCAAGUUAAUAAAAAUGUAAAUAGUCGGAAAAGUUGCAAGAAGGAAGAUAGUACAGUUAUUGUUAACAGUGAUACAUUUGGUAAAAAGGAAUACGUUAGUGAUUUAAAAAAUGUAUCCAAUAAAAGUAGUAAAGUGAACUCAACGUUACAAAAUGACGCAGUUCCUAAAUUGUUAAAUCAGAAUCAUGUUGAUGAAUUGGAGCAUCGUAUUGAUAUCAUCCCAAGUACAAUUAUAGAUUCUGGUCAAAAUGGUCGUACUGUGUCGUUAAAUAAUGAAGCGUUUUGUAAUAAUAUUUCUCAGGCAACUAACAUUUCCAACUCAUCUGAAUGUAAAAAAGUGGUAUAUGUUCCAGUUAGUGUAUCUCCAUCACAAAAUGUUCUCUCAUUAACUCCGUUAUCCUCUAGCCUUCUUUUAACUGCACAAAUGGCCACAAAUCAAUUACUUUUAGUUCCGCAGUUAAAUUCAGUUCAUUAUGUUACAUCAUCUUCAGGAAAUGUAUUAAAUAGCUCACUAAAUACACCAACUUCAAACUCGUGUAAUCCUUAUUUAAUGGGGUUUUUAAAUGUCAAUACAAACAAUGGUUCGUCAGAAAUACUUACAAAUUGUGUAACAAAAGAAUCAACCAACUUCACUUCCAAAAGUUCUACUAAUGAAAGCGUAACUAAUCAAUUUAUGAAUAAUUCAUGUAAAUAUAACUUAAAACCUCCAGAUUAAAUCAAUGCUUAUUUGACCGAUCCCUCCUCUAUUCCUCGUUCUUCUCUGGAAACAAAAUGCUUUUCUUUAGUUCAUAAUUUAUUUUACUCCCUCGAGUUUGUUUAUCUUUUUCAAAUUAUCUAGAAUAUUAAAUAUUAUUUUGAAAACAACUUAGUUGUUUUCUAAAGUUAUUUAAAAAUUAUGUGACGAAGCUUUUACAACAAUCUACUAACCUGUUAACAUCUUCCCAAUUAUUUGAAAGUACUCAAGUUUAUGGCCUUUAACACUUGGAAGCCUUGAAAAUAGCUUUAGUUGAGAAGUGAUAACAACUAAUACACUUCUGAGAGCACGUGUUUUAUAACUUUUGGGGUAUAUUGAUAGUACCUAUCUCAUUCACUUCUAUAUAAAGGGGGCCAGUUGUGGUUAGAGACUUUGGGUGACAAGGUUCUGAAUAGUUCUCCGUAGCGCAGAUGUAUUCAGUCUUUGUCUGCCUUUACAUAGUACAUACGGGAAACCAACAAGCAAAUAAAUUUGAUCAAGAGUGACAAAGAAAAACUAUUACAAAUUAUCUUCAUUCACAGAAUCCAUUCAAGGACGUUAUGUAAAAUUGGAGUAUAGCGUAAUACUCCGCACCUCGUUCAUGUCAAUAUACACAUUAUUUACCUGGAACACACAUUCCGUGUCAGUGACUACUUUCAAAACCACUGCUUAAAGUGGCUAAAUUAUUCUUGCAAAUAAUUACCAGAAACCGUGAGUCCACUAAUUACCCUCUCACUGUAUAUCCCUCUUAAAACAACAGUAAUCAGAAACUUCAUUGGAUGAAUGAUUUUUUAGGACACAAAAAACAAAAAAGAUAUCGGUAAAACGCUAGUUGGGACUUGCGUUUAUCAUUUCUAGUGAGAUUUUGGCAUCGUUAACAAACCUGAGUAGUGUUGCGACCGCCUUAGCACGUUAAUUACGAAUGAUAUUUAGUUGACUAAAACCAAGUUCUUAAGUGUAAAAUUGUUUCUGUAUACUCUUCUGCUCUUAACAGAUCGACCAGUCAGAAAAGUAGUUCCGAACGUCCAUCGGAGUACAUUUCUGGAUGAAUAAAACUGUCAGUACCAAAUGAUGAUCCUUAUUUUUAAACAACAAAGCUGAGAAUAUUUUCAAAGAGAUGUUUGUUAGUGUUUGACUUUCAAAUAAAGAAGAGUUUGUCAGAUAGCUGACAAAAUAUCAAACUGAAGCUUCCUGUCAUUUUACUAUCGGUGAUAGCCGUCAUGAUUUUUACAAUAAAUACGAGUGCGAAAUUAAAAGACAUUGGCAGCGACCGACAACAUCCUCAUCAACACGAAGACAUGUUUCGCCAAAUAUCAUGUAACUAACAAAUUAGGCAAGCUAGUGGAUGUAGAUACAAGUCACUUAUUCAUGCUCGUCUGGUCGAAGGAUUGUUUACAGUUACCAGAUAGUUGACGAGUCAAAAAUACGAGCUGCUGCACAUCGUUAACAAGACAAGUCGACUGUUUCGUCGUUCAAUGAAAAACGACACUAGUAACACUCACAUUUUAUUAUUUUCGGAAGCUUCAGCCUCUGUAUUUUCUAAAGGAAUCUUAAACCAGAUAUCGAAUAAUUCCAUAAUGAAUCGCCCACAUUGACCACCAUCACCUGGCAACCUUCUUUAGAUAUCAAUAAAACUUUUCACCUUAAGCACUAUAAUAAAUCUCUUUCGUUUUAAAAACUUUGAGCUAGAAUUAUCAACAGCAUAUUAUUAUUAUUAUUUAUAUAGCU